AUGGCGGGGAAGCGGAUGCGCAGCCGCGGGGUCGGCUCAGUGGUUGACAGGGGCCUCCUCUUCAAGCGCAUCCAGGAGCUGGAGGGGGUGGUCGACAUCUACGAUGUCGGAUGUGUGGUGGAGCAUCUCCGCGAGCUGUACAGAGAUUAUGGCAGCAAGAAGCUGAUUCCCUUCACCCACUGCGUCCAGCAGGCCCUGGAAGGCUACCGCCAUCGGCAGAGGAGGCAGCAGGCGAAGCACAAGGAAGGUGGCGAUGACGAGGGAAUGAACGAGGCGACGCCAUCCUCGCGGAGCCCGAAGCGAUUUAAGAUGUCCUCCGCGGCGUCCUCCUCGUCGUCAUCUGUUGGAUCAGCUGACGAGGAUGCGGUCUUCGACAUGGAAGUGAAGCCAGAGUUCGAUUUAAUGAAGUCGGCAAUUAGGGAGAGUUACAGCAAGUCGCGACAGCAACCGGUGAGCAGUCGCCCAAAAAGGGAGGAGGACGUCCAGGAGGAUAAUGCCGUGGACCGCAAGCUGUUGAGAGCGACCGAGUUUGGAGUCACUACGCCUGUGUCGUCGGGACAGGGUGACGGAAGGGGAGCUGAAUUGGUAGGCUGCAAGGGGAAGGAUGGCCCCAGGUUCAGGGAUUUUGGAGGAAUCGAGGGGAUAUUGGACGAACUGAUGAUGGAAGUGGUGGUUCCUCUGUGCCACCCGCAGUUGCCAGCGACGCUUGGUGUCCGUCCCAUAUCUGGGAUCCUUUUGCAUGGACCACCAGGGUGUGGUAAAACUAAGCUGGCCCAAGCUAUCGCCAACGAAACAGGAGUGCCAUUCUAUAAGAUCUCUGCUACCGAAAUUGUUUCUGGAGUCUCUGGUGAGGGAUUUGUUCAGAAAUUGCUAAGACUUAGAUUUCGAAAAGUGAAAAGUCGAUUCUAUCAAUGUUGAAUGUAGUUAAAUGAUUUUGAACUUCAAGCAUAAAGUACUUACUUUUGUAAAAGGUUUGCUCGUUUGAAUUUGGCACCAUAUGAGACAUGGAAUGACCAGUGACAUUUAUUAGGGAUUUAUUCAAAGGUUGCAAAGGCAUAGAUUUUGAAAAUUUAGAGUCGAUUCUGAUAAGUGUUGAGUUUAGUUAAAGGCCUUUGAACUUCGAACACAAUAUACUCAAUUUGUGAAACGUAUGCUAGUUUAAAUUUGAUUCCGUGAUGAGACAUGGAAUGACCAAAAAAAAUUAGUCAGACCACUGAAGGACACAUCUUUUCAAUGAAGAUUAUAAAGUUUAAUCAAACGAUUGAAGGAUUGAUAAGUUGCUGUGUGGGCGAUCAGUAAUGGCAUCCUUCGUUGUAGAAGUAAUUGAGCAUUAGUGAUGCCAUCCUUUGCAAAACCAAUUUCUUACACGAAUACAUUCCUUCUUACAAAAACGCUUAUUUUACAGAAAUCGUAAACUUUGGAUCUAAUUGAUUAGAGGGGUGAAGGAAAACAGCAAAUUUAUGCACUUUGACAGAAAAAGAGAUGAGGAUAAUUGGCUUCUAAAGACUAUAUUUUCUAGUCAUGGACUAGAUACAUAUUCAAGGAGAAGUGUCAUCUUUAAUCCUGCUUAUAUGAAGCACAGUUAACUGCUAAAAAAAUAAAAUUUAUAUGUGAAUGCUUACGUUCUUGGAGCUUUAUCCCUACUGUGGUGCUUCUGUAUAUAUUUAGUGUAAAAUCCUAUUUGAUAUGUGUGCAUGUGUUUUUCAGUUAUGAGCUCUUAGCUAUUAUUGAUAUGACAGGUGCAUCUGAAGAAAAUAUUAGAGAGCUCUUUAAAAGGGCAUAUCGUACAGCCCCUUCUAUCGUUUUCAUUGAUGAGAUUGAUGCUAUUGGUUCCAAAAGGGAUAAUCUACAAAGGGAAAUGGAAAAGCGAAUCGUGACACAGCUGAUGACUUGCAUGGAUGAAUCACACCAAGCACUUGGAGCAGCAGAUGCUAAAUUAGAUGUAGAGCCUUCUGAGAAGAAACCUGGCUAUGUUCUUGUAAUUGGAGCUACAAAUAGACCAGAUGCAGUAGACCCAGCACUGAGAAGACCUGGGCGUUUUGAUCACGAGAUAUUUCUAGGUGUCCCUGAUGAAAAAGCGCGUAGAGAAAUCCUGUCAGUUCUUACGGAGAAACUUAAACUCGAUGGUGCAUUAGAUCUUUCAAAGAUAGCCAGAGCCACAUCUGGAUUUGUUGGAGCUGAUUUGGCAGCUUUAGUAAACAAGGCAGGAAACCUAGCAAUGAGGAGGAUUAUUAUUCGAAGAAAAUCUGAACUUCCAGCGGAAUCAACAGAAGAUCAACAUGUGACAUGGUGGAGGCAACCAUGGACACCUGACGAAAUCGAGAAGCUCGGUAUUUCAAUGGUCGACUUUGAGGUAAUAUGCCUGGAGUAGUAAACUACACAAAUGAUGGGAUAUUUCCUCUACAGAUGCAUAUUUUACUUACUUUAAUUGGUGCAUCAAUACUUACUUUAAUUGGUACUAUAGUAUGGAAGUAAUAUCGGAUUAAAAAUUAUCAUUGAAAAGUUAGUAUUUUUUGCGCCUGUCAGUGACGAUUUCGUUCAUCAACAAUGUCUGGCUUGACUGAUAUAUUGCCUUUUAUUUUUUAAUCGAAUCCACUGUAAGGCGAGUAAAGUCGAUCUUUCAAUUCACUUGGUUAUUGGUCCUUCCUAAUGCAUUGUCCAUAUAAUCUAUGUUCUGUGAAAAAAAAAUAAGACAUUCAAUAUUUGUCUCGCUUUCGAUCCACAAUCCCUAAAUCUUACAUACAUGUUUAAGUGCUAAAUCGAGUGACAUCUUUGGUAUCUUUGAGAAAUAUAUCUAGUGUGUGCAGCCAAUCGAGUGACAUUAUUGCUGGGUUCAUUAUCUGAAGUAGUUUUUUGAGGGCGUCUACCAGUUGAAUGGAUAUAUGGUGCUUUAUGUUUUAAGGUGAUGACAGAAAAAUAUUCUGUAGUUAUCAAGUAUCAUUUGUUUUCAUACAAGAAUGAUAACUGGAUCUGCAGCUGUUUGAGGGAGGAGAAAGGGACCAUUCUCAAUUGACUCGUUCCACUAUCCAUGUGGAAUAAUUGCGCUGGUAGUUUUAAUUGAAUAGCUGGCAACUGACAGUUAUUCUCCCAUAGAAAACUGUGUCAAUAUGAUAUUUUUUUGAUGUCUCAAGUUUUUUUCUUUAGUUAGUAUCAGCUAUGGAAUUUUUCUAAUUUCUCAGGUUUUUACCGCUAUCCUUUUUGCUUAAAUUAGGAAGCAGCUAAGCUGGUUUUACCCUCUUCAAGAAGGGAAGGUUUUUCUUCCAUACCUGCUGUUAAAUGGGAGGAUGUUGGCGGCCUUGAUUCUCUGAGAAAAGAUUUUGAUCGACACAUUAUUCAACGUGUCAAACAUCCUGAGAAAUAUGAGGUUGGUCUCCAUUUUAUCCCAUUUUCAUGUAUCAGCCCCUCGGAUCUUAAGCAGUGUGAACUCUUCUUCUCUUUUAUGAGCCUUUACUAAUUAUUCAUGACUAUUUGAAUCUGUUUUUUUUUUAGCUGAAUUUUCUUAUCUUCCUGUCUACUGUACAAUAACACAUUGGAGUAGAAUCAAGUCUUGUUGCGCCACCAGCAUGAGAUGAAUAUUAAAGAAUGAUUUGAAACGAUUUCUCAGAAAGAAAAGUGCGGACAAAGAUACUGGAGUAAUAGGUGACAAAUGAGAUUGAUUACCUACCUUGGGUAGCUUACCCCAAAGAGUGCGUUGCAAAUCAAGCCAGAUGAUAUCAUAACACUUGACUUGUUUACAAGUAUUAUCCUUAAUAUACUGAGGAAUGCUUUCAAUUUUCAUGAUUCUCGUGUCAGGUUAGAGUUUUUUAUAUAAAUCGAUGUAUCAUUUACCAGCCCAAGGUUAUCUUAGAAUGCCAUGCCAGAAUAGCUAGAUGCAAUCUCGAGUCAGGUAAAAAAAGGGCAGCCAAAUAGGCUGAGCUAAGGGAAAAGACUGCUUUGGUUAAAUUAUAGAUACGAAAAAGGACUCCUAAUAUACGACAAUAAGCGGAUAUGAAAUGGGUUACAGCUUUCUGUCUCGUAGAGAUCCUAGAAGGACUUUCACGAAAUCUCUGGUUGUUCUCGUAAUUUGAAGGUUCCCGAAAUUGGUAGUAAAGGCAGGUGUAGGAAUUAGAUAAUGGGACCAUUUGACUAGGUAUCUGCUUCUAUUGUGUACUAAUUCAAUUGCUUUCUUAGGCGCUUUCAGUUCUUUCGGUUGCUUUAGAUUUUUCAAUUCCUUUAGGAUAUAUCUCCUUUUAGGACGAUAACUCCGGUUUUUUUUUUUUAUAUAAUGAUUGGGCAGUCAUGAAAACCAUAAAGACGUGCCCUAAUUAGGUACCUCAUCCACGAAUUUCCAUAAAAUGAAUGCUUUGAUUUUCUGAUUGGUUCAAAUUACUAUUAUUGAUUACAAACUUAUGGUAGAAAGCUUUCCUUUCCCCAACAAAAUAUGGAUAUUAAAGGAGAGAACAACUUUACAGGAUAAGCAGAUUCUUUGAGAUAAGAGGGAACAUAACAUGAUACAGUCAAAUAUAAAGAGGCAGAAGAUUCUACCUGAAAGGUUGCAUUCCAUCUUAUCUGAUGGCACCAAAAGCUUAGAUUCCUUACUCCUGAUGGAUUGUGGCUAUCAAUCGUUUCAAUGCACAUGCUAGAUUUAAGCUUCUGAUGCCACUUUUAGGUUUUCUGACCAUCAUUCUUGCUUGAUGUAUUAAAACGUUGUAAUAAUUUUGUAGAACGCUAAAAUGGAAUAAAAACUUGUUCCUUCAUUAUUUAAAGCUGCCAAGUGCUGAUUUAUGUUAUGUUUUCAUAUCUCAUCUGUCACUGUCAUAAGAUCUCUCCUCGAUUUCCAGUCUUAUGAAUUUCCCUCCUAAUCUCAAGUUAAAGCUACCUCAAUGUUUCUUGUUCUCUAUUUUACCGACUUUUUCAGGAGUUCGGAUUGACAUUGGAAGCUGGAUUUCUGCUUUAUGGCCCUCCUGGCUGCGGUAAAACACUAAUUGCCAAGGCUGUGGCAAAUGAAGCCGGUGCCAAUUUUAUCCACAUAAAGGUCACAUUCUAUAUCAUUAAGCUAGAACUUUGUUGCCCCAGGCUGUUCAACAUCGAUCUGAAUCUCCUCAUAGUUUUCUUAAUUUUAGGGUCCCGAGCUCUUGAACAAGUAUGUUGGGGAGAGUGAGUUAGCAGUGAGGACAAUAUUCGGCCGUGCCCGGAUUUGCUCUCCAUGCAUACUAUUCUUUGAUGAGGUAUACGAUCUCUGAUCAGACCUCCUCUCCAUACAUAUCCUUGAGGCCGCUGUCUAUGUGCCGCCUGUCAUAUACAUCCCUGAUCGGACAGAAACUUCAAUGAUUUCGUUAAAGAAAGUAGUGAUAAAUUGCUACGGAUUAACUUUGAAGGGCUUGGUGGGGUUAUUGAGGAAGUAACCAACAUGUUCCUCAUGCAGAAAACUAUUUUCUUUUUCUCCAGACAUUCAGCACUCAAUAACCUCAUCGAUGAAUGCACCACCUGCUAUGAAACAAUUUCAUGGAAAACUAUCUUUCUCUUCAAUCUCCCAGAUAGAUGCGUUGACCAUGAGGCGAGGAAAAGAUGGCGAUUCAGUCGUCGAUCGGCUUUUAAUGCAGGUUAAAUUUCUAUGAAGAUCCAUUAAACAGGCUACUACACCAUAGGCCUUUUCUUCUCCUACUGUUUUUCAAUUCUCUUCCAUCGUGGGGUUUAUGCAGCUGCUCAUAGAGCUGGAUGGUGCCGACCAGCGGCACGGAGUCUUCAUCAUCGGCGCCACAAACAGGUGACGAUCAGCAAGCCACCAUUUUUCUUACUCUGGUUUUCUUAUAUUCCAGAACUUCUGGGUCUCAAUCAAUCUCCACUUUGGUUCUCUUCUCCGCUAGACCUGAAGCAAUUGACCCAGCCAUCCUCCGGCCGGGGAGGCUUGGAAAGGUCAUGUACGUGCCAUUACCAAGCCCCGACGAACGAGCUCUCAUCUUGAAGACUCUUGCUCGGAGGAAACCGCUGGCCCCUGAUGUUGACCUGGGUCUCAUUGCCCAGGACUGUGAGAACUUCAGUGGGGCCGAUCUCUCCUCCUUGGUAUAAUAUACCCACAUCCCCCACGAAGAAAAAAUUCCUGGAUCAGAAAGUUUGACUGACUAUUAGGGGGGGGUAUAUUCAAUCUUGUUAUUUAUUUGCUUUUUUCGUCCUCACCCAGGUCAAUGAAGCGGCCAUGGUGGCAUUAGACGAGAAAGAAGGGUCAGUUGACCAAGGCAGUGGACCCUCAGUCAUCAAGACCUCUCAUUUCGAGCAAGCCCUGAUGAAAAUAUCUCCAUCGGUCUCUAUGAAGGUAGUUAAUAUGAUAUUAGUCAUUGCUCUUUCUAACAAGGUAAUUUCAUGUAUGAUUCCGGAUCAAAAUCCCCACCAUUCUCUUAAUGGUUGCGAUGAACAGCGACGGAAAUACUACGAGGAUUUGUCGAAGCACUUCAAAGCAGCUUAA